CGGCCGCGGCUGGCUCUGAGGAGAACUCGCGAAGCGGGCGGCGGCGGCGUCGGAGGAGGACGCAGGCAUCGCGGACGGAGAAGCCCAAGGAGGAGCGGCAGCCUAGGCCUCGGCCUCCGGAGAAGGCGGAGGAGGCAGCAGCGGGGGGCCCCGGUGGGAUGGUGUCCCCCGCCGGCGCCGCGGAGGGAGGCGGAGGAGGAGGCCCAGGCCCCGGACUAGGCCCAGGCCCAGGCCUCGAGCGGGAGCAGCAGCGGCGGCGCCGGAGGAGGAGGCGGAGGGCCCUCCGCCCACGGGGAGCAAGCCCAGGCCCAGGCCCGGCGGCGCGAAGGAGGACGGCCCGGCCGCGGCCCUGAGCCCGGACCAGGCCCCUCGGCACCACCACCACCUCCGGCAGCAGCAGCGGCGGCAGCGCCAGGCCCGGCGGCGGAGGAGGAGGCGGCGGCGGCAGCACCGGCAGCGGCGGCGGCGGCGGCGGCACCCCCAGCCCCCCCUCCUCCUCCUCCCGCCGCCCGCCCCGCCCUCGCCCAGCAGCACCGGCGGCGGCAGCAGCAGCAUGGUCCGCGAGACCAGGCACCUCUGGGUCGGCAACCUGCCCGAGAACGUCCGCGAGGAGAAGAUCAUCGAGCACUUCAAGCGAUAUGGACGUGUGGAGAGUGUCAAGAUCCUGCCCAAGCGGGGCUCAGAGGGCGGCGUGGCGGCCUUUGUGGAUUUUGUGGACAUCAAGAGCGCCCAGAAGGCGCACAAUUCUGUCAACAAAAUGGGUGACAGAGACCUUCGGACGGAUUACAAUGAGCCGGGGACCAUCCCCAGCGCGGCCCGCGGCUUGGAUGAUACAGUUUCCCUGGCGUCUCGGAGUAGAGAGGUUUCUGGGUUCAGAGGAGGUGGGGGCGGGCCCUCGGCGUACGGCCCUCCGCCCUCACUCCAUGCACGGGAAGGACGCUAUGAGCGGAGACUCGACGGGGCUUCGGAUAACAGGGAGCGUGGUUACGAACACAGUGCCUAUGGACACCACGAGCCCCGGGGGACGGGCAGCGGAGGAGGCAGCGGCAGCAGCGGCGGCGGCGGCGGCUUCGACCGGACCAGGCAUUACGAGCAGGACUACUACCGGGACCCCCGGGAACGGACUUUGCAGCACGGGAUCUACUACAGCUCCCGCAGCCGCAGCCCCAGCCGCUUUGAGGCCCACGACCCGCGCUACGAGCCUCGGGCGGCCCGGGAGGCCUUCUCGCUGCCCAGCGUGGUGCACAGGGACAUCUACCGGGAGGAGCUGGCGCGGGAGGCCCGGGGCAGGAGGCCCGAGCGCAGCAGCUACCCUCACAGCCGCAGCCGCUCCCCGCACUCCUCCCAGUCGCGGACUCAGUCGCCCCAGAGGCUGGCCAGCCAGGCCGCCCGACCCCUGCGCUCCCCCAGCGGCAGCGGCUCCCACAGCAGGUCCUCCAGCAGCGACUCCGUCAGCAGCAGCACCAGCACCAGCAGCGACAGCAGCGACUCCAGCAGCUCCUCCAGCGAUGAGUCCCCGGCCCGUUCGGUGCAGUCGACGGCCGUCCCGGCCCCCGCCGCCCAGCUGCUCCCGCCUCUGGAGAAGGACGAGCCCCGCAAGAGCUUCGGCAUCAAAGUCCAGAACCUCCCAGUGCGCUCCACAGACACCAGCCUCAAGGACGGCCUCUUCCACGAGUUCAAGAAGUACGGGAAGGUGACCUCGGUGCAGAUCCACGGGGCCUUGGAGGAGCGCUACGGCCUGGUCUUCUUCCGGCAGCAGGAGGACCAGGAGAAGGCCCUGGGCGCCUCCAAGGGAAAGCUCUUCUUCGGGAUGCAGAUCGAGGUCACCGCCUGGACCGGGCCCGAAACGGAAAGCGAGAACGAGUUCCGGCCGUUGGAUGAGAGGAUCGACGAGUUCCACCCCAAAGCGACCAGGACGCUCUUCAUCGGCAAUUUGGAGAAAACCACCACUUACCACGACCUUCGCAACAUCUUCCAGCGUUUUGGAGGGAUCGUGGACAUCGACAUCAAGAAGGUGAACGGGGUCCCGCAGUACGCCUUCCUCCAGUACUGCGACAUCGCCAGCGUCUGCAAGGCCAUCAAGAAGAUGGACGGGGAGUACCUGGGCAACAACCGGCUCAAGCUGGGCUUUGGGAAGAGCAUGCCCACCAACUGCGUCUGGCUGGACGGCCUCUCGACCAACAUCACGGACCAGUACCUGACACGCCACUUCUGCCGCUACGGCCCCGUGGUCAAGGUGGUGUUUGACCGCUUAAAAGGCAUGGCUCUCGUUCUCUACAAUGAGAUUGAAUAUGCGCAGGCCGCUGUUAAAGAGACCAAGGGCAGGAAGAUCGGUGGGAAUAAGAUUAAGGUGGACUUUGCCAACCGCGAGAGCCAGCUGGCCUUCUAUCACUCCAUGGAGAAGACCGGGCAGGACAUCCGGGACUUCUACGAAAUGCUGGCCGAAAGGAGGCAAGAGCGGCGGGGGUCCUACGAGUACACGGCGGAGCGCACCUACUACGAGGCUGUCCGGACGCCGGGGACGUACCCGGAGGACCCUCGGCGGGAGUACCCGGCCCGCGGCAGGGAGUUCUAUGCCGAUUGGGACCCUUACCAGGGGGAUUACUACGAGGCCCGCUAUUAUGACGACCCGCGGGAGUACAGGGACUACCGGGGAGACCCUUACGAGCAGGACAUCCGGGAGUACAGCUACAGGCAGCGGGAGCGGGAGCGCUUUGAGACGGACCGGGAGCGGGACCACGAGCGGCGGCCCAUCGAGAGGAGCCAGAGCCCCGCGCAUUCCCGGCGGCCGCAGAGCGCCGGCGCGUCCCCCUCGCAGUCCGAGAGGCUCCAGAGCGACUCCGAGAGGCGGAUCUACAGCCGGUCGUCGGAGCGGAGCGGCAGCUGCAGCUCGCUCUCUCCUCCGCGCUACGACAAGCCGGACAAGGCCCGCCUGGAGCGCUACGCCAAGGCCGAGAAGACCGAGAAAGAGCGGGCCUUUGAGCAGGAGCGGCCCGAGAAAGACAAGCGCCUGGCCAGGAAAGAGAAGCCAGAAAAGCCCGACAAGGAGAAGGCGGAGAAGCAGAAGCGCAAGGGCAAAAUCCACUCCCCCAGCUCACAGUCUUCCGAAACGGAGCAAGAAAACGAACGAGAGCCGAGUCCCGAGAAAGUGAAAGGCGGCAGCAAAGCGAGCCGAGAGAGAGCGGACAAAGACGGGGCUGCGAAGAACCGCCUGGAGCUGAUGCCCUGCGUGGUGUUGACGCGGGUGAAGGAGAAGGAGGGGAAGGUGGUCGACCAGCCGGCCGUCCUGGAGAAGCUGCGCGGGAAGGCGGAGGGAGAGGCCCUGAAGCCCCCUUCGCUAGACCAGGCGGAGCCGACCAAGCCGGAGCCCAUCAGGACGAAAGGGCCCAAAGAGAAGGUGCUGGCCAGCCACGUCGAGGUGGUCGACAAGGACGGGAAGGCAAAGCCCAAGAAACACCUGAAGGCGGACCUGCUGAGCGAAGUGGCCAAUCCGGUCGAUCUAGAAAAGCUGGAGGCUCGCAAGAGACGCUUCGCUGAUGCAAACCCAAAGCCCGAGAAGCAGAAACUGGAAAUCAAGCGAAGUAAUCAAGAGGAGGAGGAGCGGCCUGUGGUUCUGAGGAAGCAGAUUGACAUGACAGUUGACUCUGAGAGGAGGCCCCCGAGGAAGGAGCAGCUCAAAAGGGAGUCCAAGAAAACCAAGCUGGAAAGGCUGAUGAGCGCACCCAGUCUCAAAGAUGCGACUCUGGAGCUGGCCAGCGUCUCCACCGGCUUCCGCCCCAGUUUGGAGCUGCAGGCGAGGCUGGGGGAGCCUGUCGACCAGCCCCCGGCAGAGGCCCCCGACGUCCCCCCGCGGAAGGCCAACGCCGUGAAGCACAGGCACACGCAGCAGCUGCAGGACGGGCGAGGGGCCGAGGGAGAGGAGGCCUGGAAGAACUACUGCGGCCUCCCGGAAGAGGCGCCCGACCACAGGUCUGCCCAGGACCGGUCCCAGUCUUCCGACGCGGAGGAGAAGACCCCCAUCGACAUUGACCACACGCAAAGCUACCGGAAGCAGAUGGAGCUGAGCCGCCGGCUGAAGCAGCAAAUGGAGAUGGAGGUGGCAAAGCACGAGAAGUUUGGCAGCCCCAAGAAGGACCUGGACGAGUACGAGCGGCGCAGCCUGGUGCACGAGGUGGGGAAGCCCCCCCAGGACGUGACGGACGACUCUCCCCCCAGCAAGCGGAAGAAGUCCUCCGACGCCUUCGACUUCGAGAUCAGCACCAAGAGGGAGCGGAACUACCGGAGCUCCCGCCAGAUGAGCGAGGACUCGGAGAGGACGGGCUGCUCCCCCAGCCUGCGCCCCUUCCUGUUCCACGAGGAGGACGAGUCGCUGGGCUCCCCCAGGCUGGUGCCCAUCAAAGAGGCCAAAGAGUCGCCCAAGGCGGAGGACCGGGGCCCGCCCUACUCCGGCCUGGCCGCCAUACGGGAAGACUCCCUCAAGUUCAACCCUUACGAUUCCAGUCGAAGAGAGCAGAUGGUCGAAAUGGCUAAGAUCAAGAUAUCGGCCCUGAGUUCCGAGGAGGAGUCGAACCGAUGGGAAAUGCCCAUGAAGCAGGAGUCCGGCCGGGUGGACGUCAGCUUUCCGAGCAGCAUAGUCAAGAGGGACAGCCUUCGGAAGCGGUCCAUGCGGGACCUGGAACCAGGGGAGGUGCCCUCGGACUCGGACGACGACGGCGACAGCAAGCCCCAUUCUCCGAAGCCCUCUUCGCUACCCGAGAGCUCCCGGCUGUCUUUUUUAUUGCGGGACAGGGAAGAAAAGCUCCGAGAGCGAGAGGAGAGGCUGCCGGCCUCUUUGGAAAGGAACAAGUUCUACUCCUUUGCCCUGGACAAGACCAUCACGCCUGACACGAAAGCCUUGCUGGAACGAGCAAAGUCUCUCUCGUCAUCUAGGGAAGAGAACUGGUCUUUCCUAGACUGGGAUUCAAGGUUUGCUAAUUUUAGGAACAAUAAGGACAAAGAGAAAGUGGACAUCGCGCCCAGGCCCAUCCCCUCCUGGUACAUGAAAAAGAAGAAGAUCAGGACAGACUCCGAAGGGAAGCUGGACGAUAAGAAGGAAGACCACAAGGAAGAGGAGCAAGAGCGGCAAGAGCUGUUUGCCUCGCGCUUCUUGCACAGCUCCAUCUUUGAGCAGGAUUCCCGGCGCCUGCAGCACUUGGAGCGGAAGGACGAAGACCUCGACUUCCUCUCUGGCCGCUUGUACGGCAGGCAGACCUCCUUCGACGGUACCAACAGCAUAUCGGACUUUGUGCCGGAGCCGGUGGUCCUCUUCCACAGCAGAUUUGUGGAACUCACCCGGAUGCAGCAGAAGGAGAAGGAGAAGGACCAGAAAGCCAAAGAAGUGGAAAAGCCAGAGAGCGAGGAGAGUUGGCCCAAGACACCCGAAUCUGUGCCUGAUCAUAAAGAACCGGAGCCUAAGCCCCCACCUCUGGUCGGGCCAUCGCCACUUUCUCUGGCACAACAAGAGCCACUGCUCGCCGUUCCAGAGAGAGUCGCGAGUGAGAAGCCACCGCCGGAAGCACCCCCUUCAAAGGAGGAGUUCAGUCCUGUGCCCGAACAGCCAAAGCCGCCUCCUGAACUCCUUGCGCCUCUUAAAACGGAGUCCCCCGAGCACACUGAAGCGCCACCGGCCACGGAAGGCGGUAAGGAGGCAGCCCUUCCCACGGCUGCCCCCGAGGAAAACUCUUUACCUGCCGAGCACCCCUUGUAUUUGGACACGAAGCCUCCUACGCCGGGGUCUUCUUUUUCCCAGACAGAUGUCAGCACGGAUCCAGAGCCAGAAAUAGUCCCACCUCCCCCCAAAUUGGCCACGAAGACGGAGGAGUUGCCUGAACCUCAGGAAGAAAGUGUUUCCUUAUCCAUCCACUCAGAGGCGGCUGCUCUGGGCCAGAAAGUGGAGACCGCCCUUGGGAUUCACCCCCCGGUUUCUGACGUGGAGACGGAAGCUGAGCCCCCCGUCGUCGUGAAGGACAAGAAGUCCUACAAGAGCAAGCGCGCCAAGAACCCCGUCCAGCCUCCUGUCGUGAGUGUUGCGGAGAAGCCCGUCACGAGAAAGAGCGAGAGGAUUGACCGGGAAAAGCUUAAGAGGUCGGGCUCCCCACGCGGGGAAGCGUCGAAGGUAGAAGCGGAGAAGGUGGUGAGAAACGCUGCCAAGUCCCCGAGUGCCACCGCAGAGCCAGAGGCCCCGGAGCCCAGCUUGCCCAUCAGCCGGACCAGGCGGAGGAACGUGCGCUCGGUGUACGCGACCACGGGAGGCGACCACGAAGGGCCUUCGCCGGUGAAGGACACGCUGGAAAUCACCAGGAGCACCCGGAAAAGGGUCGAGCGGGAAGCCCCCGACCUCACCACCGCUCCCACCCCCCCGAGAAGAGGCAGGCCUCCCAAGGCACGGCGCAAACCCGACGAAGAAAUCUCACCCGUCAAAGUCGAACUGGUGCAGCCAGAAGCAGAAGAAACAGACGUGAAGGACUUGCUGGAAAUCCCUAAACCGGCGGAGGGCUGGAGAUCGCCCAGGUCCCAGAAGGCCAUGCACAGCCAUGCUACCGCCGCUGGUAUAUUGCAAGGCAAGAAAGGGAAGAGCGAGCCCAAGGCAGAGGCCUUCGCGGACCCCGAAGAGCCUCCCGAACCUCCCGGCCAAGGGCUGAAUGCCAGUGAGAACAGCAGCAAGCCCAAGGCGGAGAAAGAGAUCCUCACGGUUGAGCAGAAGCGGGACAGAAAAGAGAUAGAGCCAGACAGAGGUGCCUCUGAUGUCUUCCCGGUGGAGAUUGUGGAACGGAGACCCGUCCCAGAGAAAGCCACCAAGUCCAAAAGGGGAAGGUCCAGGAGCGUGAAGGCCACAGAUAAGGCCUCCUUGAUGAAGAGCCUGAAAAACGUUGAGAUCCGUCUGAAUGUGGAUGAAGUCAAAGGGGCUCUCCGGCCGAGCGAAGAGGAGGUGGACCCAGUUCCAGCCCUGUCGCCCAAAAGCAAAAGCCCGCUGAAGGAGGACAAGCUGUCGCCCCACUUCAUGAAGAGCGAGGCAGAAGACCCCCUUCAAGGGGCGGCAGACAAGGACGUGGCCUGUGAGUCCACGCCGCCCUCUCAAGCCGACCAGCUGGCCAAGCAGAUUGAGCUGGAGCAGGCCGUGGAGAACAUCGCCAAGCUGACCGAAGGCCCGGCCAUUGUGGCCUACAAGGAACCGGCUGCCGAGGUGUCGGAGGUUCGGGCGGAGGAAGACGGCGACAAACCUGCCCACCAGGCCAGCGAGACUGAACUGGCGGCCGCCAUUGGAUCGAUCAUCAACGACAUUUCCGGAGAGACAGAAGCAUUCCCUGCUCCCCCGACGUACCCUGCCGACUCGGAGCCGGAAAUACCCGCAGAGCCCCUCGUGUUGCCCUCUGCGCGCGAGGAAGACAUGGAGCCCGAGACAGACCAAGCCGUGAGCAACAUCCUGGAGUCGGAGACAACUUCGGCCGAGCCUGUGGCGCCCGCGGUCCCUGGAUCCGCCCCCGAAGCAGAAAGCAAGGAGCCGGAAGUGAGUUUUAGUGAAUCCUCUAAUUCGGCCCAGGAGGCUGACGUCCCUCAGGAGGCGGAGGUAUCUCGGAAGGAGCGCGGCCGGCAGAAGGCCACAAGGCCGAGGAGGAAGCGGAGCUCAAGCAAGAAGGCGGAGGCCACAGAGUACAGGUCCGCUGUUGAACCCGAACGGGUGCAGAGCAAGCCCCCCAUUGUCAGCGAGGUCAAGGGGAAGCCGGACGGAGCCACGAAGGAGGAGGGUCCAGGGAAACGAUCUCCUGCAGCCGUCUCCAUACUGGUUGCUCCUGAUGCAGUCAAGGCUGAGGCCGCGUCUCAGGAGCAUCCCAAAGAGAGGCACAGCCCCCUGCCCAAAGCGCUGGACCCCUUGGUCGUGGCCUCUCCUCUGCCAGCCACGGCGGAGGACCGGGUGAGCCUGAGCGGAGGAGGGUUCAAGGCGCAUGCCACGGCCAGCGUCCCUCCUGUGCCUCCCCCGAGUGCGCCCCUGCCCACUAUCCCGCCUGUGAAGCCCCCCACAGCCGUCCCUUCUGGAGCAGUCCCACCACACUCAGGUGCGGCAAAGGCCACAGAGUGGAUUGUGAAACACGAGGAGACCCGGGUCCACUCCACCCCACCUCCACCAGCCCUUCCUCCUGAUACGAAAGCCUCCGAUAUCGAUACGAGCUCCAGCACUUUGCGGAAGAUCCUGAUGGAGCCCAAGUACGUGUCUCCUGCCGGGACCACCGCAACCCACGUGACCACGGCUAUUCCUGACCCAGUGAGUUCUCCUUGCAUGGAGGAGGCCCCUCUGCAUCCUGCACCGGAGGAGAAACCAGCAGUCCCUGCUGCCAAUGCCUUGGAGCCGCCGGCCGCAGAGACCCCGGUGUUCCCCGAGAAGGAGAAGAUGGUGGCCGUCAUUGCCCCCAAGGCCACCUCGGUCAUCAGCCGGAUGCCCCACAGCAUCGACCUUGAGGAGACCCCCAGGAUCACACUGGUGAAGCAAGCCCAGCCCCAGACAUGCCUGGUCAGCGCCCUCUCCCCCAAAUACAAGCAGAGGCCCAGCGCCAAUGACAACAGCCGCUUCCACCCCGGCUCCAUGUCUGUGAUCGAAGACCGGCCAAUGGAGACCCCGGGGUCCAUCCCGGGCCUCCGCGUCAACACCUCAGAAGGCGUGGUCCUGCUCAGCUACUCGGGCCAGAAGACGGAAGGCCCGCAGAGGAUCAGCGCCAAGAUCAGCCAGAUCCCCCCGGCCAGCGCUGUGGACAUCGAGUUCCAGCAGUCUGUCUCCAAGUCCCAGAUCAAGCAGGAGUCCCUGGGCCCUGCCCCGCCCGUCCCAAAGGCCCCCCAGGGGCCGCCGGCAGGAUUCGGGGGCGUGCCCACCCCAUCCCUGGUGCCAGGGCCGCAGCAGUACAGCCCUUCCGCGGUCCAGCUCUCCGCCAUCAAGCAGGAACGCAACAGCCCACCCCACCUCUCGAUCCAGGCCACCCCUUCUCAGUCCGGGCCGGUCAAGGUGCUCACCCAGUCGGGCAACACUCCAUCCAUCCUGGUCCACAACCAGGUCUUCUCGCAGGGCAAUAAAAAACAGCACCCGGACGCAGCCGCUCUGAAAGGGGAGGUGAAGGCUCUGCAGUCCAUGAGCUUGAGCCCUGGGGCCGGCCCCCAUCAUGCUUCUUUGUCCGGCAAGAUCCAUCCAGAUGCCAACCACGUCAGUGCCGGGAGUGGGGCCCCUCACCUGGGUGUCGUCAAGCAGGAGCCGCUGUCCCCACGGACGAGCGGCCACUCGCCCUCCCCGUUCCCACGGGCUUGCCACCCGGGCGGCCCCUCUUCCCCGGCGCUCUCUGGGGACCGCUCCAUGCUGGGCAUCCAGGGCUCGCCCUGCCCGGGAAUCCCCGUCCCGCAGUACAUCUCCAGCAUGCACCCGGAGCAGUCGGUGAUCAUGCCCCCGCACAGCGUCACCCAGACGGUCUCCCUGGGCCACCUCUCGCAAGGCGAGGUCCGCAUGAACACCCCUCCGCUGGCGGGCAUGCCCUACGGCAUCCGCUCCGAGCUGCACUCCCCCCGGGCCGCCCUGCAGCCACAGCCCCAGCGCCCCAGCACCCCGCAGCCGGCCCCCCUCCGGGAGAUGGUCAUGCCCGCCCUGUCCUCCUCGGAAGAGGAGAUGCACUUCCACCACGGCGUCUGCCGCAGCUCGGCCCCCGUCCAGUCCGACGUCCUCGUCAUGCAGCCCGACUACCGAGUCCACCCCUCCGGCAUCCGGUACAACGUGCCCCGGGACGUCCGCAUGAUGAUGCACCCGCACAUGGCGGCGGUGGGCGGGGACCACCACGCGGAGGCGCGGCAGGCCCGGACGCCCGAGGGACGCUCCUCGGUCAAGACGCCCCCCGCUCCCAAGGCGCUCCAGCCGGGCAAGGAGGCCGCCAAGACGGCGGAGGUCAAAAUGGCCCACUCGCCCCAUGCGGAGCCCCGCCUCCUCAGUAGCCAGCUGCUGGGACUGCCCCUCGCGCAGCCCGUCGUCGUGCCCCACGGUGUCCAGCUCAUGCACCCCGCCGGGAGCUCCUUUCACGACUACCGGCCGGCGUACAGCGACAUGCAAAGCUACCACCCGGCCGCUCAGCUUGGGCACCCGCCCUUUUCCGGGGCCUCGUCCAUCGGGCUGCCUUCCCGGAGCAUGACCCCCUCUCAGGGCCUCCCGGAGGGGGAGCACGCCCACCCGAGCCAGCCUCCCCACAGCAAGACCUUGUCCCAGGAGCCCAAGGCGAGCCCGGCAUCGGGGCAGGAGCCGGCCCACCACCCCGCAGUCAGCCGUCACGUCCCUCCGAUGGAGCCCCACCUGCACCUCCCUCGCGGCCCGGUGGAGGCGGGGCAGGCCUCCUACCCGUCCCCCGUGGCCAUCGCCGGCAAGCCGGAGCUGCCCUCCCCGCACUCGGCUCUGGCGCAGAAGCAGCAGCAGCAGGCGGCCCUCUUUGCCCCGGCCUCGUCCUCGGGGCUGCCCCUCGCCCGGCCGGAUCCCCAGUCGGUGCUCAAGCAGGAACCCGGCUCUCACCCAGUUGCCCAGCGGCCUGUGGACAUGGUGCAACUCCUGACCAAGUAUCCCAUUGUGUGGCAGGGGCUCCUGGCGCUGAAGAACGACACGGCGGCCGUGCAGCUGCACUUUGUCUCUGGCAACAACGUCUUGGCGCACCGCUCCCUGCCGGCGCCGGAAGGCGGCCCUCCGCUCCGGAUCGCCCAGCGCAUGAGGCUGGAGGCCUCGCAGCUGGAGGGAGUGGCGCGGCGCAUGACGGUGGAGAGCGACUACUGCCUGCUGCUGGCCCUGCCCUGCGGCCGAGACCAAGAGGACGUGGUGAACCAGACGGAGUCGCUCAAGGCCGCCUUCAUCAGCUACCUGCAGGCCAAGCAGGCCGCCGGCAUCAUCAACGUCCCCAACCCAGGCUCCAACCAGCCGGCGUACGUCCUGCAGAUCUUCCCGCCCUGCGAGUUCUCGGAGAACCACCUCUCUCGCCUGGCCCCGGACCUCCUGGCCAGCAUCUCCAACAUCUCCCCGCACCUGAUGAUCGUCAUCGCCUCGGUCUGAGCUCGCGGACGGACAGACAGACGGACGGACAGACGUGGGACCCGUGCCCCUCUUCCGAGGCUCGGCAGCGAAACAGAGAGAAAGGGACGGACGGGGGGACGGGACGGGACCCGUCAUGGCUGCCACGGAGU